AUGGAGAACAGGUCUAAGAAGAUCAAGAUUCAGUUACCUGAUUCUAUUCUAUCGCAAAUCUUUUCAAAGUUAGGUUUAAAGGAUUUGGUGAAAACAAGUGCAUUGUCCAAACUAUGGCGUCACGAAUGGCAAUUAAGAACAGAUCUCAACUUUGAUCUCUGUAACAUGUUUGAUCAUAAUGAAGUUCAACAAUUACCAAAAAACUUUUCACUCAUUCGAGGAUAUCAAUCUGAAUUUCUCACAAGGUUAGAUCAAUUCAUGCUACAUUAUCAAGGUGACGUGAUUGAUUCAAUCCGAGUUAAAUGCCCUUUAAAUUAUGAAAAUUAUGAACAUAGUGAUGUUAUUGAGAGAUUGAUUUCAAAAGGAAUGGCUAAAGGUGUCAAACGUAUUGAACUGCUCUUAGCUUAUGAAACUCGUUUUCAUUUGGGAUUAAAGACAUUCCAAUUUUCUUUUGACAUCUUAUCUGGGACUGAUACUACUCUGACGUAUCUGUACCUACAGAGUUGCUAUCCAAAAUUACCUUUGGAAUUCUCUGGAUUGAAGAAUUUGAAAACUCUUGUGUUACAUUACGUUGCUGUGAGGCAGAAUGGGCUUGACAAUCUGUUUUCCAACUGUAUCUAUCUUGAAGACUUGACACUUGAUGCCUGUGACUACAAAUCUGACUUGAAAAUAAUCAGUCCGUCGUUGUUUCAUUUAAACAUUAUUAACUGUCGGGUUAUUACUGAGAGGAAUAUAGAUAUCAUUGUAUCAAAUCUCUCAUCAUUUGAAUAUUAUUGUAUUGGUGAAUUUGUACACAUAAUGAACAUUGAGGAGGCUCAUAUGUUAUCCAAGUUUAGCUUCAGAGGUUAUGAAAUAUAUGAACCUGUUGGAUUCUCUGGAUUGAAAAAUGUGACAACAAUUGUGUUGAAUGGACUCCGUGAAAUUCUUCAACCUACAAACGUUGUGUCUCUUUUGUUUUCUGAAUGUCUCCAACUUGAGGACGUCACGUUCAAGAAUUUUAGAGGAAUAAAUGACAUGAAUAUUAUCAGUCCAAAUUUGCAUCAUUUGAAAAUAAUUGAUUGUGGCUAUACCCAGCGCAUAGAUAUCAAUGCAUUGAACCUUGCAUCCUUUGAAUAUAAUGGCAACACGAGGAGAAACAUCUCUGUUACCGCUCCAAUGUUAUCGAGGGUUUUUUGGAAUGCAGCUAAAAGAGCCUUGAAUCCACAUCCCUUUGGUCCAAUUACAACAUUACAACAUAUUGAGAAUUUAGCUAUCAUCAUCAGUACUUCCCAGGUAGCGAAAUUAACGGAGCUCUUGGUUCAAUAUAAAAAUCUUAGACAAUUGGAAUUAUUUAUCGAGGGACCAUAUGAUCCUAAUAUGGAUUACUUUUGGAUUUUAGAUAUUGCAAUGGCUUCUCAAAAUCUCCAAAAAAUUUCUCUCACGAUUAGAAAUCUACAUUUGAAAAAUCCACACAUGGUUGGAUUUAAUAAGAGGCAAAGAAAAGAAUAUGGCGGGUUUUGUCACAAUGAUUUGAAAUAUGUAGAGUUACAUGGUUGUGUUUGCUCCACACAUGUAAUUGAGUUUGCCAGUUGCAUAUUAAAGAAUGCAAGUUCCCUUAAGCAAAUUAGUUUCGGUUCUCUUGACAAAUUCUAUAAAGGUGCUGGUAGAUGGACUGAUGGCUCUGUUGGAUGUUGUUGGUUUGAACGUAAUCUUAUUCAUGAGAACCUCAAAGAUCAAGUACAUGAACCAUGUCAGCUUAUAAUUUUCUAG